AUGGGAUUCUGCUUCUCAAAAUUGAAGAGAUCCAGAGACAUCCACAUCUCAUCAACUUCCUCCUCUUCCGAUUUUGCCCUUCCCCACCACCAUGACCCGAUUUGGUCCGCCCCACCUCCACCCGCCCCUUCCCCACCGCCCAUCGGCCCCAUCCUAGGAAAACCCUACUCCGACAUCACAUCUCUCUACGACCUCGACCGUGAGCUCGGGCGAGGCCAGUUCGGCGUUACGUACCUUUGCACCGAAAAAUCGACCGGCCUCAAAUACGCGUGCAAGUCCAUCUCGAGAAGCAAGCUGAAAACCGAGAAGGACAUGCAGGACGUGCGUCGUGAGAUCAUGAUUUUACAACACCUGACCGGCCAGCCCAACAUAGUGGAGUUCAGGGGGGCCCACGAGGACGGGAAGGGACUGCAUCUGGUGAUGGAGCUGUGCUCGGGAGGGGAGCUCUUCGACAGGAUAACGGCCAAGGGGAGCUACUCGGAAAAGGAGGCCGCGAGGAUUGGGAGGCAGGUCGUGAACGUGGUCCACGUCUGCCAUUUCAUGGGGGUCAUGCAUAGGGAUCUCAAGCCAGAGAACUUCUUGAUGGUUAGAAAAGUGUACAAAGAAGUUGUGGGGAGUGCUUACUAUGUAGCUCCAGAAGUUCUGCGAAGAAACUACGGGAAGGAGAUUGAUGUAUGGAGUGCUGGAGUUAUACUGUACAUACUUUUAAGUGGAUUCCCUCCUUUUUGGGCUGAGACGGAGAAAGGCAUAUUUGAGGAAAUUCUGGCGGGUCAUGUUGAUCUCCAAUCGUCCCCAUGGCCUUCGAUAUCUGAUGGUGCCAAAGAUCUCAUUAAGAAAAUGCUGACCAUUGAUCCAAAGAAAAGAAUUACAGCUGAUGAGGCACUUGAGCACCCAUGGCUUAAGGAAGAUGGUGAAGCAUCUGAUAAACCGAUCGACAGCGCAGUUUUAAUCAGGAUGAAGCAAUUCAGGGCCAUGAACAAGCUGAAAAAGCUUGCACUUAAGGUUAUUGCUGAAAACCUGUCGGAAGAAGAAAUCAAGGGACUGAAACAAAUGUUCGACAACAUAGACACAGAUAGAAGUGGGACCAUCACGUACGAAGAACUACGAGCUGGGCUGUCUAAGCUCGGAUCCAAGCUCAGUGAAAUCGAAAUACAACAACUAAUGGAAGCUGCUGAUGUGGACAAGAAUGGGACCAUAGACUAUAUCGAGUUCAUAACCGCGACCAUGCACCGACACAGACUGGAUAAAGAGGAGAAUCUAUACAAGGCUUUUCAGUAUUUUGACAAGGAUAACAGCGGACACAUAACGAGAGAUGAGCUUAGGCAGGCCAUGACACAAUAUGGAAUGGGGGAUGAAGCUACAAUUGACGAGGUUCUUGAUGAUGUCGACACCGACAAAGACGGGAAAAUAAAUUAUGAUGAAUUUGUUGCAAUGAUGAAGAAAGGAACGCUGGAUUUGGGAGAACAUUUAGGGACAGGCUCAUGAUCCACUGUUGUUUCUCGAAUAGCUCAUUUGUGCAAUAUAAUGAACAUCUCAUUAUCCUAGGCUGGGUUCUGCAGACAAAUUGUUAAGAAAAAAAUUAUUUUUGGUAUCACUUCAUGAGAACCCUUUUUGUUUCUUUAAAUGUUUUCAUUGCUUGUAACUAAAUACAAUAAGGUGUACUUGACCAAAUAUAAAUUGAAAACAAAU